CGUCUGUAGUUUUCAUAAUGUUGUUGUGUUUCUCUCAUACAGCAAAAAAUGAUAAACACAUCGAUACAAAUUAUGAGAUAAUAGAUGUAGUGAUACUUAAAUCUUAUUAAAUCGAAAUAAGAACUAUAUAAGUCACGUUUUCACGAUGGUUGCACGCCAGAUGUCUUUUGAGUUAAAAGUAAAAGGUAUUUGUUUUUUUUUUUGUUCUUUGGAAAAUUUCCAUUUAAAAAAGGCAAAGAAAAUGAGUUUUGCAAAUAAGGUUAUUUUAAUAACUGGUGCCAGUUCCGGCAUUGGAGCUGAUGCUGCUGUUCAUUUGGCUAAAAAAGGUGCUAGCAUUGCUAUGGUUGGUCGCAAUCAAGAAAAUUUGAAUAGUGUUAGCGAUAAAAUAAAAAGUUUUGGUGCGCCGAAUCCAUUGAUUAUUGUCGCUGAUGUAACAACUGGUGAAAGAAUAAUUGAAGAGACUGUCACUCAUUUUGGACGAUUGGAUGUCUUCAUUAACAAUACUGGCAUUGUGGCGCCUUAUUCAAUUCAAACAAUAAAAUUGCAUGAAUUCGAUCGCAUCAUUAAUGUAAAUGUUCGUAGUGCUAUUCAUCUUUCACAAUUGGCUGUUCUACAUUUGGCAAAAAGUAAAGGAAACAUUUUAAAUGUUUCGAGUGUAUACAGUACAGUUGCAAAAGCAAACACAUUAGCCUAUUGCAUAUCAAAAGCUGCAAUGGAUCAAAUGACAAAAUGUGCUGCAUUAUAUUUGGCUUCAAAAGGCAUACGGGUUAAUGCAAUCAAUCCCGCUCACAUUCGUAUCCCAAUAGUUGAAACCGGAUUUGGUAUGACACCACAGCAAGUAAAGAAAUAUUUUGGUUCUAUGGAAAAAUUGGCUCCUCUUGGUAGAAUUGGUAACUGCAGUGGCGGCUUCGCAUCUCACUGGAGUACUUUUGACUGUUGAUGGCGGGGCGGUUAUUGCAAAUGCAGUUGCACAAAAUGUGGUAUUUUAAUUAAUUUGUUUUAAUUCUACAAAAUGAAAAAAUAAAUACAUUCAAUUUGAAAAUCCUUUAGGCUUUUAUGUUAGCAUAGGUAAUUUGAUUAUUUAAAAAAAAACCAAG